UCCUUACGUUUUGUGUAAUACAGGGGCUGAGCAACUCCUAUUCUGACCUCAGUAAUGAGGGCAAAUUUUCUUGAAUAAUAGCAAAUGAUUACCCCUUCAUGAUAGAAGUACUUCUGUUAUGAAAGGCAGAGGACUUUCCAGUGUUGGGUUGAGGAUGGAGAGAGAUGUCCGAGGACAGGCUGUGUGUGUGUGUGUGUGUGUGUGUGUGUGUGUGGUGUGUGAAGAAGGAAGCGUAGCAUGUUGUUCUUUUGGGCUGUCUCCAGCAGGGGAGUGGGGCUGCAGCACGGGGCUCUGUAAGCCAAGGCAGUGUGUGAUCUGCUGGCCACUCCUUUUAGCCCCCUGUAGGGUCAGGAAAAGUAAACUCUUGCCUCUCUAGCAUUCCUGGGUUCAGUUCUGACUGCAUGAAAUACCUUUGGUCUUUGAACCAACCUGCAGGAGGCCAAGUCAGCCUUUCCACAGAGGGCAAAGCCCAGAACUUUCCCUUGGGCUUUGUGGCGGAGUGAGAGAGGUAGGAGUCUGGCAGUGGACACUGGCUGGCUGGCUUCUCACUUCUCCAGAGUCCCCAGUUUUGUGUGUGAACAAGAUGGAGGCUGAUCUGUCUGGCUUUAACAUUGAUGCUCCCCGUUGGGACCAGUGCACUUUCCUGGGGCGGGUGAAGCACUUCUUCAAUAUCACAGACCCUCGCACUGUCCUGGUACCAGAGCGGGAGCUGGACUGGGCCAAGGUGACGGUGGAGAAGAGCAGGAUGGGUGUUGUGCCCCCAGGCACCCAAGUGGAGCAGCUGCUGUAUGCCAAGAAGCUGUACGACUCAGCCUUCCAUCCUGACACCGGGGACAAGAUGAAUGUCAUCGGGCGGAUGUCCUUCCAGGUCCCUGGUGGCAUGAUCAUCACGGGCUUCAUGCUCCAGUUCUACAGGACGAUGCCGGCUGUGAUCUUCUGGCAGUGGGUGAACCAGUCCUUCAAUGCCUUAGUCAACUAUACCAACAGGAAUGCAGCUUCCCCUACAUCAGUCAGGCAGAUGGCCCUUUCCUACAUCACAGCCACAACCACCGCGGUGGCCACUGCUGUGGGCAUGAACAUGUUGACAAAGAGAGCUCCACCCCUGGUGGGCCGCUGGGUGCCCUUUGCCGCUGUGGCUGCUGCUAACUGUGUCAACAUCCCAAUGAUGCGACAGCAGGAACUCAUCCAGGGCAUCUGCGUGAAGGACGGAAAUCACAAUGAGAUUGGUCAUUCCCGGAGAGCUGCGGCCAUAGGCAUCACCCAAGUGGUCAUUUCUCGGAUCACCAUGGCAGCCCCUGGCAUGAUCUUGCUGCCAGUCAUCAUGGAAAGGCUGGAGAAGCUGCAUUUCAUGAAGAAAGUCAAGGUCCUGCAUGCCCCGUUGCAAGUUCUGCUGUCGGGGUGCUUCCUCAUCUUCAUGGUGCCAGUGGCCUGUGGGCUCUUCCCACAGAAAUGUGAAUUGCCAGUUUCUUAUCUGGAACCAGAGCUCCAAGACGCCAUCAGAGCCAAGUAUGGAGAACUUGUGCCUUAUGUCUACUUCAAUAAGGGCCUCUAAAUGCCCCACCCCAGUAAGGACCAGUCUGUGCCCAUAUUCACCAGCUCCUCAGCUGCUCUGUAUACCUGUCCCCUCAUUCCUCUGCCCACAGGGCCUGAAGGCCAGGGUGGAUUUGGGAGGUGGGGAGCCUCGUGUUUUCACCCAGGCUUAUUGGACUCCAGAGGAUGAAAGUGAACAAGGGGAGCAAAAGCCAAGUCUUCUAUCUGUUCCUCCCUUAACCACCAUCCCCUGGAGACCAGGAGCUGAGACCCCCUGAAGGAGAUACUCAGACCAUUUGGAAAAAUUAGGAAACUUUGGGGAUUCUAGUUCCAGCCAGGACUGGGGAAGAGCCCCUGGGACAAAAAGAUGCUCUUACUCCUCUUCUCUUCCUCCUCAUCUUGUCUCAUGCUAUGAAACUUUUUACCCUUGCAAUUCUAGCCAACUCAGGAAGGGAGGGGAAGAAGCCUUUGCCAACGUGGGGCUCUUCUCUGUUCUUUCUCAUUCUCGUCCCCACUGUCCCCUGGUCAGAAAGCGUCUUUGGGAGUGCUGCUAAACUUGAGAUAGUCAGGCCGUUUCAUGAGGCAGCAAAGUUUCAUGGUGCUUUAAGCCCUGUCUAUUGACACUGACUUUGAUCUCCUAAUGCUAAAAUCAUGUCUGAUUUUGCUUCUCUGUGUUUGAAAAAUAAGCCCACUAACUGUGAGUAAAAAGAAUAUAUGUAGGCAUUAACAGCACAUUUUAAUGGGUAUAUUUUCCUAGCUGCCUCCCUUCUCAGCCCAUUGGGUUAAACACCAAAGACUAGUGUGUUCUGAAUAGGAAAGAGAAGUUUUAUUUGGAUACCUCUGAGAAGUAACCAACCAGGACCAAAGAGCCUUAAAGGACACACAGCAAAGUGCAGCCAUUUGCCCGUCCCAUCUUGGCUGCUGUAGGUGACUUUUCAGGCUCGGGGUGGGGUGGGGUGGGGGUGGAAGGAGACCAUUGUGGCUUACGAGGGAUCAAUGUCUGUCUGAGUUUCAUCUAGUAGAAUUUCCUGACUGUUCAAAGGAUAUCACUGUGAAUCAAAUAAAUUUCUUGAAAGAGUGUAAUGAACUGUA